AUAUGGCGACGAAAUGUGGAUGGGGUGCGAUGAGACGGGAAUGUUGACAAUGUACCGUGGGAAAUUAUUUAAAAGAAUCAAGGAAUAAGAAAGUUCAAUUUGUUAUUAUUCUGAAUUUUUUUUAACGUUUGGAACGAGGGUGAAAGAACCAUGAACCGUCCCACAUCACUACGUGUGAUUUCCCAUGUAAGAAGAUAUUCAUCACAAGUCAAAAGCCAAAAGCUGCACGAAAUGAGGGACCGAAUGAUAAGAGUGGAUCAUGCUGGAGAGUAUGGAGCCAAUAGAAUUUAUGCUGGACAAAUGGCAGUUUUAGGGAGCACUAAAUCUGGUCCACUAAUUCAGCACAUGUGGGACCAAGAGAAAGAACAUUUACGAGUGUUUGAACUCCUCAUCCCAAAAUAUAGAGCUCGACCCACGGCGAUGUUACCGUUUUGGAAUAUAGCCGGCUUCGCCUUGGGCGCAGGAACAGCUCUACUUGGCGAAAAGGCUGCCAUGGCGUGCACCGUAGCAGUAGAAUCCACAAUCACGGAACAUUACAAUAAUCAGAUUAGGCAACUAAUGAGUACCAAUUUGGAAGGAAAUAAAGAACUGAUAGACUACAUUACAAAGUUUCGAGAUGAAGAACAAGAGCAUCACGAUACUGGGCUGGCAGAGGGGGCGGAACAAACACCGGGCUAUGCUGCACUAACUAACUUGAUUAAAACGGGGUGUAAAGCUGCUAUUUGGAUUAGUGAGAGGGUGUAAUAUAAAUUAUAUAACUGACUUUAGUCGUAGUUAGACCAUUGAAUAAUUAAAAGCUGUGAUAAAAGUAAAGAAAUAAUUAAAUAGAUUUCAAACCUC